UUAAGUUGUCCAGAUAAAUUCCAGCUGAACAGGGAUUUGCCUGCUUUUGUUCAGGAAAUUAUCAACUAAAAUUUGUGAAUUCUGACAUUUCACCGGUUUGUGUGUUUUUUUGUAGUUCAACUCAAGCUAUUCCUGCUUCCACUCAACGGUGUAUGACAUCACCCAAUGCCUUACCAAAAAUAAUCAUUUAAAUAAGGGUAAAUAGUGUUGUCAGUUUCUAAGCAACACGUACACACAUACACACAGCACACACACACACCUGCGUCACUUCCUAUACACAGAGGAUCUGAGAGCCUUCAAUUCUGCACACCCAGCCAGUUGCGCACAGAAACCCGGCACACUCCGGAGUUUGUUUGAGGACAGAAUAAACACGGAUGAGCGCUGACCUGGAGCGCGUGUCGCUCAACACAUCUGUGAACUCGGCCGGCUCGGGCGGCCGUGCGCUCUCGGCAAACGUCCGGAGGCUCCACAACGCUCUCAACUUGCUGCUCAGCGACUUGGAGAGAGAGCAUUUCAUCCACUGUCUCAAUGUAUACCACGCGAAGCGCAACGUUUUCGACCUGGUCCAGACUCUCAAAGUGAUUCUAAACACGCCCGGCAAACGACAGCUGCUGCCAAUGCUGCGCCUGGUCAUCCCGAGGUCUGACCAGCUGCUGUUCGACCAGUACACUUCAGAGGGACUCUAUCUGAAGACAGACCUGCUCCUCGGCAACGGCAGCGCAGAGGGCUUUGAAGAUGAAGAUGACUCAGCUUUGCAAACAUAUGUCAGUUCCAUCCAUGAGCAGCCCCUUAUGCCGGGCUGUCCGGACGGUUUCAGCGGUUCGGCCGAACAAUCGGCUUCCACGGUCUCGGCGUUUCACGACGGCUUCUUUGGAGAGGUGCGCAAAGUCACCCUGAGACGCUCAAGGAGUCACGAAGGUCUGGGCUUCAGCAUCCGUGGUGGUUCGGAGCACGGCGUGGGGAUCUAUGUGUCUCUAGUGGAACCAGGCUCAUCGGCCGAGAGAGAAGGACUGAGGGUCGGGGACCAGAUAAUGUCCGUGAACGACAUGACGUUCAACUGUGUCACUCACAUAGACGCAGUGAAGGUUCUGAAGGGAUGCAAGAAGUUGGUGCUGUCAGUGUGCUCUAUGGGCCGGAUCCCUGGAGGCUACGUUACCAAUCACAUGUACAGUUGGGUGGACCCUCAGGGCCUGAGUGUCUCCCCACCACCUGACAUCCAUGAAGCAAACCAGAGGCAAGGGCCCGGCAUGGAGGAGAGGAUGGUAAACCUGAAUAUGGAUGAUGGUCGCUGUCUGGGCCUAAUGAUCAGGGGUGGUGCUGAGUAUGGGUUGGGGAUCUACAUCACUGGAGUGGACCCUGGAUCUGCUGCAGAUGCUGGUGCACUAAAGGUGGGUGACCAGAUCCUGGAAGUGAACGGUCAGAGCUUUGUCACCAUCUGCCACGAUGAGGCAGUUCACAUCCUCAAAACAGGACGCCACCUACUGAUAAAGGUGAGGGAUGUGGGUCGUCUGCCUCAUGCACGCACAGUGGUGGAUGAGACCAAAUGGAUCACCAGUCAGGGCAUUGCUGAGAGCAGCGCUACAGCUAUCCCAAGUUCUGUCACCAACCCUACUGUCAAUGCUGGUAUCCACACUAGCAUCAGUGCCAGUACCUGCAGUACAAGACCAUCCUCAGCCAGAGCUGCACAUGUAUUAGGACAGUCUGCAGUACACAAAGGUGUUGGUCCACCAGGUGUUCAGGUGUCUCUGGAGCAGCAGGCCUACAUGCUGUUGACGGAGCCAGAGAGGAAGACCAUGGCCUACUACCUGCAGGAGUACCAGGAUCAACACAUAGGAGUGGAACCACUGGCCAUGGCUCUGUUUGAGCUCUUCAACACACAUGCAAAGCUGUCCAUGUUGUCUGAAGUGAGGAGUCUGGUGGCUCCCCAGGAUCUGGAGUUGUACGACAGGCUGGUGUUGCACCGUGAGAGUGAGGCCCACCAGAUCUGGCAUGGGGGCCUAGGAGCGCUGCAUCCACAGGGCCACUGCAACCACACAGGCUCUGUGAUCCGUGAUGCAGGACACACUGUCCCUGCCAGGACUGAUGGCUGUGUUGGUGGCUGGACAGAAAGAGAACAGGAGGAGAACACUAAAGCUUUACAAAACAUUGCACUGGAUGAAAUGCAGGCUUCAGGUCAGUCUCCUCCACUGUUAAGGGGUGCUCCUCUCCAGGACCAGAGCAGACCGUCCAGGGAGAAGGAGCUCAGCCGGAAGCCAGAAGCCCGGCUGGUGCAGCCCAGCUCCAGCCUACUCUUCACUGGUCCAACCCAGCAGGAUUGCCUCCACAAGUCCCUCAAAUCCCUUCCCACCACCCACCAGCCCUCCCCAGCCUCUGUUCACCACACUUCCCUCAAUGCACUCCAUCACACCUGCCAGACUUUCUUCCACCUCUCUGACUCAGAACACCUCAACCACGCCCACUUUGCUCAUCACCUCCAAAACCAUCCUGCCCACCACAAUAGACCCAGUUCAGGACACCACACCUGCCCAGGCUUCAUACACCACUGGGACUUCUCCAGCACUGCUAAAUCACAGGGAUCUGUCAAGGUCUCUUCCAGAUCCAGCUCCUAUGAGAAGUCCUCCAUCUUGUCAAAGUCUGUGCCCACUUCCAAAGUGGCAUCUCCCAUGCCAUCCCCUCAUCCAUCACCUCAUCCCUCGCCAUGUCCCUCCCCCUGCCCCUCUCUCAUUACACCUGCUGCUCCACCCUGUAGUCCUGACCGGCACUGCUCACCUGCCCUUACUCAAAAAGUGAUCAUAACAGACAUGAACCGGUUAUCUGCAGACUCCAGAGCACAGCAAAAAGGGGGUACACUGUCCCAGCUAUCAGACAGUGGCCAGACUCUGAGUGAGGACAGCGGGGUGGAUAUAGCUGAGGCAGGAGGCCUCAGUAGAGAUGGCAGCCCUCGACCCUGCAAGAACCAGAAAAGCCAUCUGGAACAGCCAGUGGCACAUGUGCCUCUUCCAGGGGCCACCAGACAAACUGGCUCACCGGUCCCCGUGCCCACUGCUACCCUGGUACGAGUGGUGAAAAAUGCCAACACCCUUGGCAUCGCUAUUGAGGGGGGAGCCAAUACACGCCAACCUUUGCCACGCAUAGUUACCAUUCAGAAAGGAGGCUCGGCUCAUAACUGUGAGCAGCUGAAGGUGGGUCAGGUCAUCCUGGAGGUCAACGGCAUUCCCCUGAGAGGUCGGGAGCACAAGGAUGUUGCCCGGAUCAUCGCUGAGGCCUUCAAGACCAAAGACAAGGACCACAUUGACCUCCUGGUGACUGAGCCAAGAAUAUGAUAGACUUUAUGAAGACUUUGCACUUUAUGCAGCUUGAUUUAAGAGGACACUGUUUUACUGCUUUGAGGGAGCCAUAUGAACUCCACAUGAUGUUGUCCUGUAAUCAUGGCUCUCUUUUUAAUUUCAGUGUUGAAUGCACUCAACAGAGGUUUGCACUAUUUAAAUUCAGAAAAAAUAUAUUACAUUAAUAUUUGCGAUACUUGGGUCAGAUAUUUGCAUUUGUCCCUUUAGUUAAUUCUUAUUUAUUAGUGUUCAAACCCUGAACAUCACUAUAUAUUUCAUCAGGAGGAUGGCUAGUGCUCAUAGUGUGCUUGUUACAUCAAACAAUAUUAACAGCCAGUCAUAUUACGGUCAGUCAAGGGAGUUGUCAGUUGUCCUGUAUUUUUUAUUCUUCACACAAUAGCUGUGGAAACAGAGCCCUUCUGGAGGCCAGCGUACUCUCUGAAAGGAUAAUUUGGAUUAUUACAGCAAGGAUCUUUGUAGUUUAGUUUUCAUUUCUAUCAGUGAAAAUAACAUUGUAAUCCCGGGGUUAAAUAUGUAAAAAUGUAAACAUGAGGUCAGUCAGGGAAUAAAAGAUGACCAGGCAGGUUGAAAAGAAACAAACAGUAUAGCCACUCUAGCUACUACUAAAUUUGGAGAUUAAAUGGAAGUGAACACAUCAGAAACAAUAGUAAAAAAUGUGUAUUGCAUUGGAAAACAAAUGUUCAUCCAAUGAACAAAUCCCCUUGUUUUAGUGAGAAAAUUUAAAAUUUCCCAAACUGUGUUGUAAACAGUUUACAUUCCAUUGCAUUAUCUAUAUACCACUCAUCCUUAAAGGUCAUGGGGUGGCCAGAGCCAGUCCCAGCCAGCACUGCACAAGAGGCGGGUCACCACAAGUCAAUACUGUACUGCAAGAUCAGAUACUGGGAUGGAAAGCAAAUAUCCUAUCUGUGAACAUCUCACAUAUAUGUUCACUGUCAACAUUUUUUCAAUAUUUACAACUUGCCAAAUUCAUAAAUUAACAAUAUAUACUAAUUACAUUGAUAGAAAACAUAAUUAUGUCAUAGUUACAUUUGGUGUAACCUAAAACUUAAUUUCCAGCAGAGAGGAUACAAGAGAGAAGACAAGAAGCAAGCAGAGACAAAUGAACUAACUGUAGUGAUGAAAUAAGACCUCUGGUUAAAGUGUAAAUUAAAAUAUCAACCUAGCUAACAUCAGCUAACUUCCCCUGAUAAAUGGGUGCCUACUGUAUGUAGUUACUUAGUUACUGAAAUUGAAUGUUAGUUUCCCUCUGUUCACUGCUCACUUUUCCAUUGGGCUUAGAAAAUACCCUUAGACCUCAGAGGGUGAAAAUAAUGAUGAAGCAGACAACAUGUAAAAUCAUAAAAAGAGAGGCCAAUCAGCAAGUGGAGAAUGAAACACUAGUUUGUAUGUCAUAAGACAUAGUAGGAAAUGUCCAAUGCAAUCAAUACAAAACAAAAACAUGGUAUACACAUAAUUUGUGCAAGGAAUUAAAACAUGAUCAGGUAGAUUAUUACAGGAGAUCAUGAUAAGACCACGACUAUGUGAACCUUAGAACCCUAAUGGAGGUAGGAAUUACUGUGUUUUGGUGACUUUUGCCUCUGCUGCUUUAAUGCAAUGACUCCUUUUUGACCCCAUCUCCUGUGAGUCCCUGUGACAACUUAUGACACUAGAACACUAAAUCGAUGGAAUGCCCUUUAUAAAACCAUUUACUGUAUUUAUACUUUGUUUUAUAGGACAACAAAGGUCCAACUGAUUGCUUUGACUUCAUAUGAUCUACAGCAUGAAUUUAUUUCAUAAUCAGUUUUAACCCAGGCUCAGGGCAACCACAUAAAUGCACUAUAGCUGAUUUACCAGAAGCAUGUUGUUGCCUACAGUAGAGUAUUGUUAACUACAAACUCAGCUGUAGAAAGGGGCAGAACCAUCAGUUAUAGAUGUGGCUUGCAUUUGGUCUGUUCCUUUAAAUGCAUUUGCUUGUUCCAUAAGCCUGAUACAUAUUUUAGUAUCUGUUGUUUUAAUAACUGUAACCAUAAUCCAAAGUAGUACACUAGUGUCAAGUAAUCAAAAUUGAGAGAAUAUUAGUACAUGCUUUCAAAAUUGUAUUUUAUGCCAACUGUAUUUAUGAAGGUUAUAUUAUAUUUUUGUAAUCUAAUGACAUGAUCCCACUACAGUGAGACAAUAGCAGUUACUAGAGUAACAUAGGAGCUUAGUGAUAAGAUGUAUGAGUAAUACAACACUAAAUUAUCUGGAUUCAAGGAUAACAUAUUAGUGAUAAUACUGUACUAUUUUAAUGAGUGUAAAUGAGAUUAUGUUUUUUGUUUUUGCAAACUGUUCAAAAAUGAUAAAGCUUGUACAGAAAAGGCUGCACACAGACUAAUAGAGCUGUAUAUACAGUAAAUGGUGACAGGCUGCAGAAAUAUGAAACACAAUUAUGUAACUCCUUUGUGGUUUAUGUAAAUACUGACAUCUCUUGUGUGUUUCCAUUCCCAUGUCCUAUCAUAGCUGUCUUAGCACAAAAAUAUCCUUCAGAGCAAGUCACUUACUCUACUAUUGGUUCUUACUAUCUUUUUUCAAAUGAAAUAUUACAAAUAUUCCCCAAAGUAAUUUCCUGUAGAUACAAUAAAAAGUGAUAAAAAUAAAUAACUAAAUAAAUAAAGGAUAUGUGUUAUGUUACUUUGAUGUAAAGACAAAAGCUGACAAGAAAUGUUUUGUUUGUUUGUUUACUUUUUCAGCUGUGUAGGUGUGUAGAUUCACAUGACUCAUGGCUUGUUAAGGUAUAAAAAGGCUCAGAGAAGGAAACAGAGAGCUCAGAUUUCUUUGAGAUGGGGCAGAAUUGUAACAGGUGUAGUGAUUCUGUGUCAGCUGUCGAAGGGCUGUUGAGUUGACUCUUUUACACUUUUUGAGUGAUAUUGAUAUUCUGUGUUUUUUUUUUUUUUUUCUUUCUGACAACAAACCCCAUGUGUAGAUCCAAAUCAACAAUGAAUGUAUCCUACUGGAAAGUGUUUUGUAUGAAUCCAAAGCCAGAUAUAUCCUAUUCCUCUGUGCCAUAGAGCUCCAUUAAAAAGACAUCAGUGAGCCACA